AUGUGCGCCACGUCAGCGGCCAGGCGUGCAGCCAAUGCUGCAGAUCUUCUCAUCCCAGCCGCACAAGUGAUUGGUUCAACUCCUGAGAUCAUAUCAGGGGAAGAAGAGGGCAAGCUGUCGUUCCUUGGCGCCACUGCAGCAGUCAGCAGCGUAUUGGCGGGGGUAGUGACGGGAGCACCUCUUGCAGUGGUAGACAUUGGCGGUGGUUCAUCAGAGUUGGCCUUAGGCACCAUCUCUCCUCCCUUCAAGGAUGAUGUUUCCAGUGCCUCCUCUUUGUCCUCGUCUUCACCCACUAUUUCUGGCCCUCACACUAUCGUUUCAGUUGACAUCGGCUCCUCCUCUCUAUCGCACUCCUAUUCCCUCCACCUCAGCCCCACCUCUCCGUCCAGCAUUGAAGCCGCUCGCCGUGCUGCCAGGGAGGACUACCGCUGCAAACUCUCUCCUGCACUGUCAACGGACUGGUUCAAGCACAUUGAUCAUGUAGGAGGGAGUAUGGGGUCUGGAGUGGCAACAUGUGGAGUGGAGAGAGUGGUGGUGAGCACAGGAGGGAUACUGACAACUCUUGCCGCCCUUGCUCAGGGCGUUCCAUACACAAGGGAAAAAGUUCAAGGUUUCGUUUUGGAUGUGGAAAUGGCGAAAGGGAUACUCGACAGCAGUCGAAUCCAUACUGCCACACCAGGUCUCAGUUGUAUUUUUAAGCAG